AUGCACUACAUUCCGAACACAGAUGGGUUGAUGCGCUCAACCUUGCGCGACACCAUCCGUCGCCUUCACCGCGUGCGUGCGAUGGCUGGGGCCAAAGAUGAGAAAGAGUGUCGGGUCACCUCCGGUGACCCCUUCCAGGACUUGACGAAUGACUUCGUUAGAGCGGCCACACGGGCCAAGAACAACAUCAAUGAGCGCAACGAGGGCUGCCGUCAGCACGGGCAGGACCAUAUGGCCAUUGUACAGUCCAACGAGAUUCGCAAAGACCUCCGACUCAUGGAAGAAACACUAGAAGAGAUUCACGAGUUAGUGCUCGAGGCGGAGCGCCGGCUAGCAAAAGAGAGCAAAAAGAAGAAACCAAAGGAAAGCAAGGUCCAUUUGCUCGAGCGCGACUACGAGGAGCGACGAUCGCAGUACGACAACUGCGUCUCCGCGCUGCAGAACCUCAAAGAGAUGGAGGCGCAGCGCGUUGAGGUGGGACAUGAAGAAAUCAACACCAUGCAGGAGAUGCAGCUUGGCAGGCGUGCUCAGCUACGCCAGCAGCUACUCGGCAUGCGGCGAAAGGAUAACGGCAACGGCGAGACGGUUGGGCCCGGCGAUGUGGAGUUGGUGGACAACACCGUGGGUGGAGGCAUGCUGCAGGAACACGAGGAAACGAAAGAGCAGAUGAAGACGAUCGCCGCUCAGGACGCGAAGAUCGACGCGGGGCUGCAUCGCAUUAAAGAGGGCGUUGGCCGGUUGCAUGACUUGGCCGUUCAAAUCGGCGCGCAGAUUGACAUGCAGAACACAAUGCUGGAUGAUGCCGAGCAGGCGAUUGACAAGAACGCCGAGAAGCUGCGUGGCCUGAACAGGCGCCUCAAAAAGUUUUUGAAGGAGACCCGUCCAAUGAACUGUUUCUUGUACGUUUGCUGCGUCUUCCUCAUUAUUGCCCUCAUCGGCUUCUUUCUUGUGCAGUUCAACGUCAUUUGA